CCCGGACAUUAUUUUGUUUUUAAAACCGUUUGUAAAUGACAGUGCCGGCUGAUUGAUCUUUAAACUACGAAAAACGACGGUUUAUUACAAAAUUUUUGUAAUAAUGAAUAAAGAAAAGUGGAACAAUGUUUUGAUCGAAUGGGUUAAUUGUUUGAAACUGUGCAAAAACAUACAAAAUAUUGAAAGCCUGCGAAAUGGGGAGUUUCUUGCCAAUCUUCAGAAAGUCAUUACUAAAUCCCGCAAUGCCCAAGUCGACACCCUCACCUUCAUCUUCGACCUCUUCAGCAAGCACUACCCCGCCUACUCGUUCGAAAACAAAACGGAAAUCCACCUUUCCGACCUGCCGGAGCGCGACCUCAAAGCCAUCACUUCCCUCCUCAUGCACUACACGUGCAUCUUCGACCGAAAAGACGUCCUCACCUCCCCCUUGUGCCACUCCCUCUCGCAAUCCACCCAGCUAAUAAUCCGCAACUUCCUCCAAAAAAUCACGAAAGACGUCAACAACGAAACCAUGGACAAGAUAAUCAAAAUCUGCAUCGACGAUGCUUCCGACCACUUGGCCAACAACCAGUGGCUAAACGUGGAGACGUCUUCGUUCUCGAACAGCCCCCUCCAGGACCUCUUGAAGACCCCCGUGUCGAAAAUGGGCCGCCUCCACGAGAAGGACAGACUCAUCGCGAAGCUGAAAACGGAACUGGACGCCGAGCGGUACGAUAAAACCGAGCUGCAAGAAGAGCUGAAGAAGCAGAUGGAUAGGAAUAAGAAACUCGAGACGCAGCUGGCGCAGAAGAGUAGCGAGGUUUCGAGGCUGCGCAGCGAAGUGGCGGCGCUGGAGAAUCGAACGCCGCCGCACUACCAGGAUAUGGACUCAAGGGAGCUGCAGAGGAGGCUGCGCGCCGAGAUACAGUGUCUGGAGCAGUAUGUUAAACAGGUGGAGGACGAGGAGGAGGAGAUUAGGAAAGAGAAGGAUUCGGCGAAGGAGUUGUUGAGGACGGUGGAGUCACAAGCGAGUAUGUGGGAGGAGAAGUUCUUCGAGGCGGAGCGCAACUUAGAAGGGUUGAAGGAGCACUCGAAGAAGCAGGAAGAGGAGUUGGGGGAGUUGCAAGCGCACUGUGCAGAGAUCACGGCGAUGUUGGAGGAGUACAGGGCGAAACCGGAGAACGACAGCUCGCUUUAUGAUACUUUCACGACUGGUGAUAACGCGAAGUUGAAUGAGACGCCUCCUGGGGAAGAUUUGGCUUGUGAGGUGGUUGAGGUGCAAUUGAGGGAGGCGCAGAAGCAGAUCGAGGAAUUGAGGGGGCAGCUGAAGCAAGUGGAGGAAGCGAGAAAAGCGUUGAAAGGGGUAAAAGAGGAAAUUGAGGAACGACUGCAGAAAAGCGAAGAGACGAAUGCGGGGUUAAUCAUCACAAUACGUGACACAGAAACCGACAAAACCGCCCUUCAGAAUCGGUUAUCAGAAGUCGAAAAUAACCUCGACGAAGCUAAACAAACAAUUCAACAAAAAUCAACCGAAAUCGAAACGCUGCUUGCCAAGCUGGAAGAAAAUUUGGAAAGUCUGCAGGCGUUGGACAGCGAUAAUAAAGAACUUCUGUCGAAAGUGUCCUCUCUUCAGUCGGACCACGAAAAAGUUCGCACCGAGUUAUUCGAAACAACAAACGAAUUGCAAACUCAGAGAAAUCAGUCGCGUGAUCUUGAAACCGAACGUGAUAAUUUUAAAGCUAUUUCCGAAAAACUGCAAUUCGAAAUCGCCGACGUUAUUCUCAGCAAUCAGACGCUCUGUUCGCAGUUGGAGAGUCUGACGACUGAGAAAAUAACGCUUCUGACGAAUCUCAGCCAAAUUGAAACUAACUUCCGAGUUGUGGAAGCAAACUUGUUUGAGUCGCAACGACGUUGUGGAGGUUUGACAAUUGAAUUAGACGGGCUCUACCGGCAAAACGACGACUUGAAGAACGAGUUGAAUAUGAAGAAAGAGCAGUUGACGAACACGGAAGACGAAAAAGUUGAUUUAACGCGACGAUUGGAACAGGCGGACACAGAAAUCGCGGUCUUGUCAAAAAGCAAUGUCGAGUUUAAGUCAGAAGUUAGCGAUUUGCAGAAUCAGUUGACUGAAACCCUCGACUGCGUUAAAACCAGUCAGAAACAUAGGAAACAGCUGGAAAAUGCGCAGUCGUUGCUUGAAAAACAAGUCAGCGACACUCAGUCGUCGUUAGAAACGUUGACAGCGGCGUUGGCGCAACUUCAAGUCGAGAAAAAGCAAACAGUGGAACUUCUUGAAGCAAAUAAAGCAAGUUUGGACGUGUUACAACAAGAAAAGUCGGCUUUGUCUUCGCAACUUCGUAACUUUGAAGAAAUCCAAAGCGAUUUGAUUAAAAAGAACGAAGCACUGAUUUCAGACAAUCGUAAUCUCCAAGAUCAACUUUCAAACAACGUUGACAGUUUAAAAAGCACUAAAGAAGAAGUGGAAGAUCUGAAACAAGGAAAGAAAUCUUUAGAGCUAAGACUAGAAGAAAACUUAAGUUUGUGCGAAACGCUUAAAAACAAUCUGGACGAGGUGACACUCCAAGAGCAAAAAACUAAAGCAAUGUUGGAAGAAGCAAAGACGAAAUUGCAAAAUUCUGAAGAGGCGCGUGUCAACUUUGAAGCACAGUUGUGUGAAAGUCAAAAGUCGGUGCAAAAAUUGACAAAAGAAUUAGAUGAAACGAAGACACAAAAAGAACGAAUCGUGAAACUACUAGACGAAAAUAAAUUGCAAGUGAGUCUAUUAAACGAAGAAAAGUUGACCCACGUUUCGCUGAUGCACGAUUCUGAACACAAAUGCGCAAUCUUGUCCAAAAAGAACGAAGAUUUGGAGGCACAUAAUGAAGAUCUGCGAGUACAACUCUCAGACACCAUCGCCACGUUGGACAGUACCAAAACUGAAGAAACAAAACUGAAAGAAUCUCAGUCAUUAUUGACACAACAGUUACGUGACGCUGAAACUUUGUCCGAUGGUUUGAAGAAAGAUCUGAGCGAAACGAAGAUCGAUAAUGAAAGAUUAAACGAAGAACUGAUCGUGGUUGAGUCAAAACUACGAACGUCAGAAGAAAUGGUCGUGAAUUAUGACUACCGAAAUCAAGAUCUUCAAAUGUCGGUCCAAAAUUUGAAAAAACAACUGACCGAUGUACAGGGAGAGCUCAAACUAAAUAAGGAAGAAGUCGAUAGGUUAAUACGUGGUAGAAAUAGUCUAGAAGUGGAUUUAAAUGAAGCACAGACCGUUUCAGACACCGUGCGAAACGAUCUUCACCAAAUCGAGCUCGAAAAACAACAACUCGUCGUGGAAUUGGCCGAAAGUAGGGAGAAUUUUAGAAAAAUAGACGAAGAAAAGUCAGUCGUGUUGGCGAAGCUGGAAGAAUCAGAAUCGAGGUGUCAAAGCUUGGAACAAGAAUUGAAAUCUAGAGUUGAAGACGUUCAGCUGAAAUUGAAGAACACCAACGAGGCUUUGCAGACAAACCAAAUGCAGGUGGAUAAAUUAACCGAUUCGGUGACCAAACUUGAAGAAAAAUUAAAAGACAGUAGAGGUGUCAGAAAUUCUUUGAAAAAAGAACUUGCGCAGGUACGACUCGAAAAUAAAACUCUGGAAGAACAGGUGAAAGAGUCGCGUCACAGUGUGUCUGUACUACAACAAGAAGGAGAAACGUCGCGGAAAAAGGUCGCCGAUUUGGAAAACGAAAAAGAAAAGAUGCUGCUAGAAGCGGAAAAUUUGGCCAAGGAUUUGCGUGAAGCGUCGCACAAUUUGGACACAAUGAAAAGUCGGUCGAAAAAACUGGAAAAAAAUAAAACUAAACUGGAAAAUCGUUUACAAGAGGCGCACGCUUUGUCGGAAAGCUUGAAACUCGAGAAAGUAGCGCUUCAAGCUCAAUGUAAAAAUAGUGACGAAUUGAAGAUCCAAAAAAACACAGUUGAGAAUCAGCUGGAAGAACUGAAGUUGUGUAACUACAAUCUCGAAACGCAGCUGAACACAGCUAACAAUACACUGGAAUGUCAUAAACGCGACUUAGAUCAACUACAAUCCGCGAAUCGCUCUUUGACUGAAGAUUUAGAACAAACUAAAGGCAAAAUUGUCAAAAUCGAGACCGAAAGAGCCGAUUUGUCCACAAAGUUGGGUGAAUCUGAAUCCAGAAACGAGACACUAAGGUCUAGAGUCACAGAUCUCGAACAAAAGUUAGUCGAUUUGUCUGCUUUAGUCGACGAAGCCGAACUCGACAAGCAAAAAACGAAUGAAGAUCUGAUGAACGCGAAGAACGAAAUCCAGAUUUUGAUCUCCAAAUUGCGUGAUUAUGAGCUGAAGUGUUUGACUAUGGAGCAGAAAAUGACUGAUCUUAUUAAUAAUUUGCUCGUCAGUACUGAAGAGAAUGAAGAAACGAGGAACCAGUUUCAAAACGAGAAACUAGUUCUGGUUACGAACGUUUCAGAGCUCGAAAAGAAAGUGGAGGUGUUGGAGACCAGGAUUCAAGAUCUGAAGAGUCAGAAUUCAGACUUGGAGAAAGUGAAGAUGGCUCAUGUUGAGAUGACGCUUCAGUGUGAUAAGAUUAAAGAAGUGGUUAAACAACUGGAGGAAGAAAAGGAGCAGAUGGGAGCGACGCUGGAAAAAGAUAAAGAAAGUUUAAUUUUGAAACUAACGGACUUGGAGGAGAAAAUACAAGACUUGACAAACCAAAACGACAACUUGACGUCUCAGAACAAUACUUUGCAAAACGAUUUAGAUAAAUUGGCAGCUGCAAAAGAAUCUUUGACUAGAGUUUUAAAAGAAAAGCAAGAAAUCAGUGACAAAUCUGAACAAUUACAAAAGAAAAACAACGACUUGGAGUCGCAAAAUACAACCCUGGAACAACAGCUUUCUGAAAUUAGAAAAAGGAAUGACGAAGUAGAACUUCAGUUACAUAAUUUAACCACUCUGUCAGACGAUCUAGCAACAGAAAAGAAGCAACUAGAAGCCAAGACGGACGACUACUCUAAGAAGAAUGAAGAACUUCAGAAUCAACUCUCUGCACUGGAAAGAAAUCACCAACAACUGAAAAACAGCAAAGAAAUUGUCGACAGACGACUAAACGAAGUUAGCGUUGUGUCUGAGACGUUGAAAGCAGAAUCUGAAGAUGUUCGUUUACAGUAUCAAAAAUCAAAAAUUGAGGUCGCUGAAACGAGAGAGAUUUUGGCACAACUUACUAAAGAACGAGACAACGUGACAGCGUCUCUCAAAGAGACAAACGAAAAAAAUGACAAACUUUGUCAAGACUUGCGACUAAUCAAAGAAAAACUUGCAGAUGUAGAAAAUCACGAAAACGAAACAAAACAAGCGCUUUCGAAAGCGAAAAACGAAGUCCAGAUGUUGAAUUCGAAGAACGACGAACUGCAAAAACGCUUGACUGACUCUGAAACGAAAAGUAAAGAGAAUCAAGAGUUCCUUGAGGGCGAAAUUAACAAGUUGACAUCGAUGACCUUCGGUUACAAGAGCGAACUGGAAGAUGCGAAGAAACGUGCGGAAAAAGCGGAACAAAAUUUGAAGAAUAAUAAACAAGAAAUGGUGGCGAUAAAUCAAAAAGUGGAAUAUCUAGUUGAUGAGAAGUCCAUGUUGGAUAAAAAGAUCGAAGUGGAGGAAAUUAUUUCGUCGGAACAAAGAGACAGAAUUAAAUGUUUGGAAGAAACGGUGCAGGAUUAUGAAAUCACCAUUUCUGGAUUAAAAAGUGUUGUUGAUUCGAAUUUGGAACGACUGGAGAGUUUGAAAGAGGAGUUAUCGCAACGAAACGAUCAACAAGAUGACGCCAGAAGAACAAUUCUUGAACUCUUGCAAGCUAAUAGUAUCACCGGAGGUGGAGACACCGAUUUUAAAACGUUCAUAUCCGACAACUUUAGUAAAAUAUUGAAAGCCAAAAGCGAGCAAGAAACUCGAGUGGAAGCGUUAGAACAACAAGUCAAAGAUUUGAAAACUAAGAACAUCGAAACUUCUUCGUUCACAGAAAUGAUCAAAAAACUACAAAUUCUGGUUGCAGACAAAGACGAAAUUUGUUCACUUGAGACGUUAAAAUCGUCCUUUGACAACAUCCACGCUAAAGUGAAUAAACUCCUAGAAGCGAAACGCGAACUUUCAGACAACUUACAACGAGUAGAGAGCGACAAAUUCGACUUGGAUAAGCAACUCGCAGCGCUCAAAAUCGAGAACGACGAAGCAAUUAAAACAAAAACCGAAUUGUACAACAGCUUAAAACAAGAGACAGAAAAAGUGGAAAUGUUGCGAAAAGAGCUCGAAAAUAAAUCGAAACCGGUUAAACCGGAAAAGGAAAACAUCCUCAGUGUGAGCACCAAGUCAAACAAAUCACGAGAAGACGAAUUGAAGAAAGAGAACAUGAUGUUGAAGAGGAAGGUAGUUUUGACGGAGAAUGCCAAAAACAAUUUGGAGAAGGUGUUGAAAGAGCUACGUGAAGAGAAGAAGAAGGCGGCUGCAUCGUCUCCAUCGAACGACGGUUUGUACAAGAAGCUCCUACAAGAGUACAUCGAGGUUAAAGAAGAAAACGAACGUGUGUUGAAAGAAAAAGACCGUCAAAUGGAAGACCUGAAGCGAGAGAAUGAGCAGCUAAGAAUGAAUAACGUCCCGAUUCGGAAUGAAAGCGACAAAAAAAUUGUCCAAGAUUUGCAAAGCAUCAGAGAGGCGUACGGAAAUUUAAUGAGUGUUAACUCGAAGAUGGAGCUCGAAAUGGUGACGCUGCGAAAGAUCAUUGAAGAACGAAACUCCGAAAUGGCCAACUUGGCGCAUAUUAAGGAAGCAUAUGAGAAGUUGUUGGAAGAGAACAACAAAGUCUUGACUGAAGUGGACACGGUUAAGUACAAGAGAAUGAGGGACAAAGAGGAAUUCGUGCGACUGCUGAAAAAGGAGCGUGAGGAACUAGGAAACCGCGAAAUGAAGAGAAUCCAGGAAAUUCGAACCGAAUACGAAGGGAAAUUGGAAAAAAUGAAAGAAAAAAUGUUGAAAUUGUACAGAGAAGAAGUGAACAAGAAAAUGAAGUCGGUGAAAGACGGUGAAAACGAAACUGCGAAAUUGCUUAAAACCGUAGCGAACUUGAAAUCCGAGUUGUUUGAAGCCGACCAGAAAAUCCAGUUUCUUGAAAUGGAGAAGGACAUAUUGAAAGCUAACAGAAGGAUAGAUAUGGAUGCCAGAACCAUCCAACUACAGUCAGUUUCGAGCAUUACAUCGAUCACGACGAACGAGGAACGAAGUGCGACUUUACCCAGACCGUCAGUCACUAAAGAAGUAACUAUUUCAAAAAGAACGUCUAUAGGGGGAAUGUCAACGAAUAUUGGCACCCAUGAUCUACAAAUGGAAGACGAAGAAGACCUGUUUAACGACAAAUACCUAACUGACUUGAAGGAAGGUAGAUGCGCUUUACCAACAGGCCGCGAUUCGGUUUGUCGUUUCUCGGAACUGGCGUACCGCAACUCUAUGGUGCCCCCUCACUUGAAGUCGUCGUAUCCGGCGGAAACUCAGUUCAUCAGUCCUACGCGUUUCAAGGACGAAGACAUAAAAUCUGGAAAUCUGGAAUUUGAGGACAGUUUGGUUAAAUUAUUACCUGGGGAGAAACCACGGAAGAAGGAUUUCGGUACGACGUCGUACAAAAAACCGGGCCCUCCAACCCCCAGUAAAAACGGCGGAAGGCUGUCUUUGCAGGGCAACGAAGUACAUCCGAUGAGAGAACACUGUGAGGCGAAAACGCCCAAAAAAUCCACACCCAGUAGAAUCAAAGCGUUGUUCACGGGACGGAAUAGUAGCGCUCGGGAUGAGAGUCAGAGUAGUGUCACACCUAGUCGAGGCAGACGUCUCAGCAUUUUCAGAAGGCCGCGGUGAUUGUUUUAAUUUGCAAUGUAAUAAAGUACACAUGUUAUGUUAUUGUUUGACAAUAAACGGUUUUAUGUAGA